AUGAAAGCCACCCGUCGACGAAAGUCUCGAAGGCAGCGGAACCUACCCGCCAGGACGUAUGAAUUGCCCAAAGCCCUUUCGCGAUCCCGAAACCGACGUGCAGGCCAGGCUCACCAAGGUUUGACCGCUCAAGAACUGGAUUGGGACUCGCUGGUCCUACAGCAUCUGGCGAGUCGAAACGAUGGGAUCGCUACGCUGUCGAAUGUGGGCUCCUCUGCGCUCGUCGUCGAGCAGUUUCUGGACCGCAAGACGGUACUGGUUGGAGCCCAGCUUUGGAACAUGCGCAACGCACCAGAUUUCCUCCCGCAAGAGGCCCUCAUCGACGAUGAGCAUCGAGCGUACGCAGAAGGCAGUGUUGCCAAUGUUGCCAAUUGGAUCAUCUCUGGCGGUGACAGUCUGAACGAGGAGUAUGAAUACCUCCAGAAUGCUUUCGUGGAUGUCGACCUAUCUGUGCGGAACCUGACGAUAGCCAACUACCAUCUCUCGGAUAGCCAUCACCACAAUCGCCAACUAAAGAGUCAUCUGGUAACAUUGGAGACCCUCGUUCUCGGCAUUGAAUCUCAUGCGGUAAGGGGUGGCGGGGGCAGUGCACGCCGAUACGCCGGAGAAGUGCUGGAUAUCCUGUCAGUCCAGCCUCACUUGAAGCGGCUUACCCUUGUGCAAGCUACUCCGGCAGGCAUCUCAGAGGAUGAUGGAGCGUACAUCCAGCCACGCGCUGCGACUUGGUACAAGAACCUCGCUUGCCUCAUCGGGCUUAAACAUUCCAAACUCGACACACCGAAAGUCGAUAUCUUUGUGCUUGUAGAAGAGCAGCGCGAGGAGGAACCGGUCCGCGUGGUUACUACACAUCCUUUUCAGAUAUGGCCUCUCCUUCUCAAAGGGGGCGAGUAG